GUUAGCUUCAGAGCGUAGAGGAAGUAGAGCGACUGUUGACUUCGAACGGGUUGUUUACUUCGGAGAAGGAGAUAAGAAGCACAAGGAUGGCGAAGAAAUUUCACGAGUUCACCGCCAAACUCUUAACGGGAGAAACGUUUAAUUUUUCCUCCCUGCAGGGCAAAGUUGUCCUCAUUGAGAAUGUGGCGUCUCUUUGAGGUACGACCGUCAGGGAUUACACCCAGAUGAACGAGCUCCACGAGCGGUACGCCAGCAAGGGGCUCGUAAUCCUGGGAGUGCCCUGCAACCAGUUCGGCCAUCAGGAGAACUGCAAGAAUGAAGAAAUUCUUCUGUCUCUCAAGUACGUCCGUCCUGGAAAUGGCUUUGAGCCCAAGUUUCAGCUCCUGGAGAAGGUAGAUGUGAAUGGGAAGGAUGCCCAUCCCUUGUUUGUGUUCCUGAAAGAGAAGCUCCCGUCCCCCAGUGACGAGCCAUUCGCCCUGAUGACUGACCCGAAGUUUAUCAUCUGGAGCCCGGUCUGCAGGAAUGACGUGUCCUGGAACUUUGAGAAGUUCCUCAUUGGGCCUGAUGGAGAGCCGUUCAAGCGUUACAGCAGGAGGUUCCUCACCAGCGACCUUGAGGGAGACAUCAAGAAGCUCCUCAGCCAGGCAAACUAAUCAACCGUCCUGCAAAAAGUUGUUCAGCCAUCCUACAGCUUUCACUUGCACUAUGCCAGUGCCUAUGCCUUCACUUCAUCUAGGGAAAUGCUUUGUGCAUGUUUUUCCCAUCCAUAGCUUCUAUAGGUGGUGUACAACACUUUAACAGACCAGCUGUGCUCUCUUGUACACGAUGGCUGUGUCACUUUUUUUACUACAUGAAGACAUCCUCUGAAACCGUAAGGGGGGUAUCUGAUGAAUUGUAAAAGGGCGAACGCCUCAGCUUCAUUGGGUUCAUGUAAAGCACUGCUUUGGUUUGAUAUAUUAAUACAAGCAAUAAAUGCUUUUUCUCAAAUA